AUGACUGAGGAAGAGGCAAAGGCUGAAGCUGCCGAGGCACUUAUCGAUGACGUUGAUGAUAAGGGUCGUCCUAUUCAACGACCUGGCAUUCUCACGGAUGCGCUGCCAAACCCAUAUCCCAACGUGAAGGCUGCCGCUGCAGCGAAUAACGGAGCUGCUCCGCCGGAUUUGUCAUUAAUGUCUCUGGCUAGACACGGAGGUGAUGACUACAUCUUCGCUCUGCUAACGGGAUACUUUGAUGCUCCAGCAGGUAUCAAGGUUGAUGACGGAAAAGCAUAUAAUCCAUACUUCCCAGGUGGAGUCAUUUCUAUGCCUCAACAGCUCUACGAUGAAGGAAUUGAGUACAAGGAUGGAACGCCGGCUACACAGUCGCAGCAAGCCAAAGACGUAGCUACAUUUAUGCAUUGGUGUGCAGAGCCAUACCACGACAUCAGAAAGCGAUGGGGAUUGAAGAUCCUCGCUCUAGCGCCGUUCAUUACGGUGGUGUUGAUCUACGGUAAACGAUACGUCUGGACAUUCACGAAAUCACAGAAAUUCCUGUGGAAGGCUGUGAAAGGACGUGAGCCGCCAAAGAGCCAAUGA